AUGAAGGGUGUUUGUGUUUCCCAGUGGAAGGCGGCCGCCUUGCUCCUCUUCUGUGUCAUGGUUUUUGCAUCUGCCGAGAGAGCGGUCUUCACGAAUCAUUUUCUUGUGGAGUUGCAGAAAGGGGGAGAGGAAGAAGCUCGCCAGGUUGCAGCAGAACACGGCUUCGGAGUCCGAAAGCUCCCCUUCACUGAAGGUCUUUACCACUUUUAUCACAAUGGCCUGGCAAAGGCCAAGAGAAGACGCAGCCUACACCACAAGCAGCGGCUGGAAAGAGACCCCCGGGUGAAGAUGGCCUUGCAACAGGAAGGAUUUGACCGAAAAAAGCGAGGGUACAGAGACAUCAAUGAGAUUGACAUCAACAUGAACGACCCUCUUUUUACAAAGCAAUGGUAUCUGAUCAAUACUGGGCAAGCUGAUGGCACUCCUGGCCUUGAUUUGAACGUGGCAGAAGCCUGGGAACUGGGAUUCACAGGGAAAGGAGUUACCAUUGGAAUUAUGGACGAUGGAAUUGACUAUCUCCACCCAGACCUGGCCUCCAACUAUAACGCCGAAGCAAGUUAUGACUUCAGCAGCAACGACCCCUAUCCUUAUCCCCGAUACACCGACGACUGGUUUAACAGCCAUGGGACCCGAUGUGCAGGAGAAGUUUCUGCCGCAGCCAACAACAAUAUCUGUGGGGUCGGAGUGGCAUACAACUCCAAGGUGGCAGGUAUCCGCAUGCUGGACCAGCCGUUCAUGACGGACAUCAUCGAGGCCUCUUCCAUCAGUCACAUGCCUCAGGUGAUCGACAUCUACAGCGCCAGCUGGGGUCCCACGGACAACGGCAAGACGGUGGACGGGCCCCGGGAGCUCACACUCCAGGCCAUGGCCGAUGGCGUCAACAAGGGCCGCGGGGGCAAAGGCAGCAUCUACGUGUGGGCCUCUGGGGAUGGUGGCAGCUACGACGACUGCAACUGCGAUGGCUACGCCUCGAGCAUGUGGACCAUCUCCAUCAACUCGGCCAUCAACGACGGCAGGACCGCCCUCUACGACGAGAGCUGCUCCUCCACCUUGGCCUCCACCUUCAGCAACGGGAGGAAGAGGAACCCCGAGGCGGGCGUGGCAACCACAGAUUUGUAUGGCAACUGCACUCUGAGGCAUUCUGGAACAUCUGCGGCUGCUCCUGAGGCAGCUGGCGUGUUUGCACUGGCUUUAGAGGCUAACCUGGCUCUGACCUGGCGAGACAUGCAGCAUCUGACCGUGCUCACCUCCAAGAGGAACCAGCUUCAUGACGAGGUCCAUCAGUGGCGGCGGAAUGGGGUUGGCCUGGAAUUUAAUCACCUCUUUGGCUAUGGGGUCCUUGACGCAGGCGCCAUGGUGAAAAUGGCUAAAGACUGGAAAACUGUGCCUGAGAGAUUCCACUGUGUAGGAGGCUCCGUGCAGGACCCUGAGAAAAUACCGUCCACUGGCAAGUUGGUGCUGACCCUCACAACCGAUGCAUGCGAGGGGAAGGAAAAUUUCGUCCGCUACCUCGAGCACGUGCAAGCUGUCAUCACGGUUAACGCAUCCAGGAGAGGAGACCUGAACAUCAACAUGACUUCGCCUAUGGGCACCAAGUCCAUUUUACUGAGCCGGCGUCCGAGGGAUGAUGACUCCAAGGUGGGCUUUGACAAGUGGCCUUUCAUGACCACCCACACAUGGGGGGAAGACGCCCGAGGAACCUGGACCCUGGAGCUGGGGUUUGUGGGCAGCAUGCCCCAGAAAGGGGUGCUGAAGGAGUGGACCCUGAUGCUGCAUGGCACCCAGAGUGCCCCCUACAUCGACCAAGUUGUGAGGGAUUACCAGUCUAAGCUGGCCAUGUCCAAGAAGGAGGAGCUGGAGGAAGAGCUGGACGAAGCUGUGCAGAGAAGCCUGAAAAGCAUCCUAAGCAAGAACUAA